CAAAUUGGGCUCGCAAUUCCUACCGUAUGGAAAAGAUCGAAAGUUCUGCACCAUUGCUUUCCGAAACGCCUUCCGCACUCGUUUUCUCGUUCCAGUGAUGCAUACACAACCAUGAACAUUAGCCAACUUAACGCAAGCGAGCUAGCUGCAUUGCUUGGAGCUCAGAAUCCUAAUAUUUCGAAUGAUCUAUCUGGAGGAUAUCCACGUCAACAGCAGAUGGGCGGGUCAAACAGUCCUAAUGUGAACAUGUCCGCUCAGAACGCUGUCCUAACCUCGCUCCUAAAGCAGCAGCUGCAAAUGCAGCAAAUGCAGCAGCACCAGUUGCAACAGCAACAAUUGGGAGAUCAACAACACGCUCAGCUUCUACAGCAACUGAUAGCCCUCGGAGGCCUUCCCCCGACUGCUCCUCCGCCCCGUGUAGACAAUCUCUUGCUCCUGCUUCAACAACAACGACAACUACAAGAUCUCCAAGCCAUCGGAGGCGGACAAGGCAAUCCCUUCUCAUCUCUCACCGGAAGUGCAUUUGGUGGAAAUUAUGAAUCAAGCCAAAGAGAGGCUCUGGUUCUUGCCAAUUUCCUCCAGGGUCAGCAAGCUUCGCCACCGCCACCUCCUGCUCAGCACCUACCGCAACAAGCGGCACUGGCGGCCCUUUCUGCUGGUGAACAAAAUCGAUCUGCCGCUGCCUGUGAGAACGACCCUCAUAGCCUCCCUCUUCCUCCGGAUCGAAGACGAAAGGGCCGCACUGGAACAUUUCCCCAAAAGCUACAUCAAAUGCUAACCGAUCUCGAAAGACAAGAUGGCGGCGGUGACAUUGCCUCAUUCCUACCCCACGGACGAGCAUUUUCGAUCCACAAGCCUCGCGAUUUUGUUAAGCUGAUCAUGCCAAAGUACUUUCGAAUGAGCCGCUUUUCCAGUUUCCAACGGCAGCUGAAUCUCUACGACUUUCAACGCAUCACAGAAGGACCCGAUAAGGGAGCCUACUACCACGAAUUGUUUGUCCAAGGCCGGCCAAUUCUUUCAACAAUGAUGAAGCGCAACAAAAUUAAAGGUGUGAACACUCCUCAGAACGCAAAAUCGUCGAAUGAUAAAGACGACGAGGAUGGAUCCCAAGGAGAUGAAAACGAGGAUUAGCCUAGACGGAUAUAGCCACGUGGGUGUAGAAAUUUUAUUUACAGUAAUUCAUGUUGCACUGUAA